CUCUUGCCACUGCCAAUGAGCUGCAGACGCGCGUGAUCGCUCUGUGCACCCGGCUGUCUGUGGGUGCAACUGAGCGUGCACCAGCAGGCUUUACAAGCAAUCGCCUUUAACCAUGGCUGACCCGGUUCUCCAGCCCCGCUUCUGCCUUUUGCCUCCCACAUUGCUCAUCACCUCCGGGUACUUCCUCGCCUUGCACAGGACUAUUUUGAAACGAGGCUGGCAUUCUGGUGUGAGUGACCUGGGCAGAGGUCUGAGCCUGGAUUUUACAGUCGCAGUUCGGCUUCAGCUUGGAGGGUUCCCGUGUCGCCAGAGGCGCCCGGGAGGAAUGACAGCAUGUCUGCCUUUGGCUUGUCGUCUGGCCUGUGGCUGCUCCUGGCUUUUUCCUGCCCUGGAGGUCUAGCAUGUGGACUUUCAACACACGUAGAAAUAGGACACAGGGCGCUGGAGUUUCUUCGUCUUGAAGAUGGAAGAGUUAACUACAGAAAGCUGCUGCUAGAACACCAGGAUGCAUACCAGGCUGGGACCGUGUUUCCUGAUUCCUUUUAUCCCAGCAUCUGCAAAGGAGGAAAAUUCCACGACGUGUCUGAGCGCACUCACUGGACUCCAUUUCUUAAUGCCAGCAUUCAUUAUAUCCGCGAGAACUAUCCCCUGCCCUGGGAGAAGGACACAGAGAAGCUGGUGGCUUUCUUGUUUGGAAUUACCUCUCACAUGGUGGCUGACAUCAGCUGGCAUAGCCUGGGCAUUGAACAAGGGUUCCUGAGGACGAUGGGAGCUAUCGACUUUCAAGGCUCCUACUCCGAGGCUCACUCGGCUGGUGAUUUUGGAGGAGACGUGCUGAGCCAGUUUGAAUUUGAUUAUAACUACCUCUCACGGCACUGGUACGUGCCCAUCAAAGAUCUUCUGGGAAUUUAUGAGAAACUAUAUGGUCGAAGUGUCAUCACCAAAAAGGUCAUUGUUGACUGCACAUACCUCCAGUUCUUGGAAAUGCAUGGGGAGAUGUUAGCUGUCUCCAAGCUUUAUUCCACUUACUCUACAAAGUCCCCGUUUUUGGUGGAACAGUUCCAAGAGUAUUUCCUCGGAGGACUGGAUGACAUGGCCUUUUGGUCCACCAACAUCUACCGUGUGACCAGCUUCAUGCUAGAGAACGGGAUCAGCGACUGUGACCUGCCGGAGAACCCUCUGUUCAUUGCGUGCGGUGGCCAGCGAAACCACAGCCUCAGCUCAAAAGUUCAGAAAAAUGAUUUUCAUAGGAAUUUAACUGCGUCCUUAAGUCAAGAUGCCAGGAAAAAUGUGAACUAUACGGAGAGAGGCGUGUUUUACAGCGUGAGCUCCUGGACCCCGGAUUCUGUGUCCUUCAUGUACAAGACUUUGGGGAGGAACCUGCAGACCAUGUUCACAGGAGGCUCCCAGGUGCCCGUGAAGCACGUCUCCAGCCCCUCCGCCUCCUACUUCCUGUCCGUUCCCUAUGCCCGGCUCGGUUGGGCAAUGGCCUCAGCAGACCUUAACCAGGACGGACGCGGUGACCUCGUGGUAGGGGCACCAGGCUACAGCCGCCCGGGCCGCUAUCAGGUUGGCCGCGUGUACAUCGUCUAUAGCAACGAGCUGGGCCUGCCGCCCAUCGACCUAGACCUGGACAAAGAGGCCCACAGGAUCCUGGAGGGUGAUCAGCCCUCAGGUCGCCUUGGCUCAGCCUUGGCUGUGCUGGACUUUAACCAGGACGGGCAGCCGGACCUGGCCGUCGGAGCGCCCUCCACGGGCUCUGAGCAGCUCACCUACAAAGGUGUAGUGUACGUCUACUAUGGCUCCAAUCAAGGGCAGCUGUCGCCUUCCCCCAACGUCACCAUCUCCUGUCAGGACACCUACUGUAACUUGGGCUGGACGCUCCUGGCCACGGACAUGAACGGAGACAGCGAGCCUGACCUGGUGAUCGGCUCGCCAUUUGCGCCGGGCGGAGGGACACAGAGGGGAAUGGUGGCUGCGUUUUACUCGAGCUGUGGCCGCAGCCGCAGCCACAGAGAAACACUGACUGUGGAGACGGCCGACUGGACGGUGAGGGGCGAGGAGGACUUCGCCUGGUUUGGCUACUCCCUGCACGGCGUCGUCACAGAGCACCGAGGAUCGCUGCUGCUGGUCGGAAGCCCGACCUGGAGGAACUCCAGCAGGGCGGGGCGCGCGCCGCGCGGACCCCGCGGGAGCAGCAGCCUCGGCCGGGUCUACGGCUUCUUCCCACCGGCCUGCCGCAGCGAGUUUGCCAUUUCCGGAGACAAGGCCAUGGCGAAGCUGGGCACCGCCCUGUCCAGCGGGCAGGUCAUGCUGAAUGGGACCGUGACGCGAGUGCUGCUGGUCGGGGCCCCGACGCACGACGACGUGUCUAAGAUGGCAUUCCUGACCAUGACCCUGCACCAGGGCGGGACCACCUGCAUGUACCAGCUGGCCCCCAACUACACUCAGCCCGCUCUGCUCAGCACCUUCAGUGGGGACCGGCGCUUCUCUCGCUUUGGUGGAGCCCUGCACCUGAGCGACCUGGACCAGGACGGCUUGGAUGAAAUCAUCGUGGCAGCCCCCCUCAGAAUAACAGAUGUCACCUCUGGACUGUUCGGGGGAGAAGAUGGCCGCGUUUAUGUUUACAACGGCAAACAGAGCACCAUAGGUGACAUGACAGGGAAAUGCAAGUCGUGGAUAACUCCAUGUCCAGAGGAGAAGGCCCAAUACGUACUCAUUGCUCCUGAAGCAAGUUCAAGGUUUGGGAGUUCUCUGAUUUCCGUGAGGUCUAAGGAAAUGAACCAAGUCGUCGUUGCCGCUGGAAGGAGCUCCUUGGGAGCGCGGCUCUCUGGGGCACUUCACAUCUACAGCCUCGGCUCAGAUUAAAGCUGUCACCGUCCCGCCCCUCCCUCUGUGCUCAGUCACGUCAAGGGUGCGCUCUGGUGGACAUGGUGGCACCUCCGGAGGAGCCGAGGGGAAUCCUGAGAGAUGGGUAGACAUGCUGGCAGCCAGGCUACCUGGCAAUGUGGCCAUCUGCGCACUGACUCCGGAAGGAUGGCCUCAGGGGACACUGCAUGCUCAUGUCCCCGCAUAGCUCACUUCCUCGCCUCUUGCAUUUGCGCUUCUGCGUUCAGGACCUGUACAGCCCAUGUCCUCGCUUGAACGCCUGUCACUCGUAUCUGGACAGGCUCUGCAGGUGGCUCUUAGGAUCAUCUCCACAUAACUGCUACCUGCCGUUUCUGGUGGCUGUUACGACUUAGUCUUGGAUGUCCCUCUGACACUCAGUUAAGAGAGUUGAUCUCCAGCUGACAGCGCUGUUGGCAGAGGAGGGAACUUCAGGGGUGGGGCCUUGGUGGAGGAAGUUGUAUCACGGGGCAUAUCCUGCCCUCUGUGCCACACUGUCCUGCCUCACCACAGGCCCAAGUGACCAUGGGCUGAUGUUGCCGAAACUGAACCAAAAUAAACACGCCCUCCCUUAA